AUGGCAUCGGCCUCGGUCAGGUCAGUCGGCUCCUCGCCAGUGUCCUUUUCAUCCUAUCAACAGGUCGACUUCUCUCCUUCUGACAACACCGCUGCGCCUUUGGAUGACACAGCAACCGGCGGCGAUGCCGAGCUCUGGGAUUUUGUUAGUCAGCUGAGUGCUGGGUCAGUAAGGGGCGAUGGUCAAAGCAACGGACUGCUGGCGAGUCCGGCGAGCGUCAGCCAGAGCCUGGCAAGUUCAUGGGUGAUUGUCGGACCUCAAGGCGCUUUCACUACGCCAUCCUCCCAGCUGCCGUCGAGCCAGGAGUUUGAUCGGUUGAGCGAACUCUCAGGGCGAGUAUCCUUGCCUGCUGGGGCCGGACGUGAGAGAGGUGGAGCGUUUGGAAGCGUCACUUCCCCUCCUGUGGCAGAAAGCAGUCCCUUUGCUUCACAAAGCCUAGGUCAAAGUGGGAAUGUGUUGUUUGACCAGGACCUUCUUAAUAGCUGGACUUCAGAUGCCCACUUCAAUGGCAAGUUGACGAGAUUUUCUUUGCUCUGCUGGUCUGGGUUUCUUGUUGCUAACUUGUUCGCAGCAGAGUGGAACAUCCUGCUAUCAGGGGUAAACAAUAGCAGCAGCGUUAUUGAGGGUCAGCAGAUCCUCAACAGCUCCCUCAACCUCUUUAACCAACAGCCCGUACCGCUACCGUCCAAUGCGUCUCCAUGGGCGCCCCCUAACCUCAGGGGCAGCAGUAAAAACAAUUUAAGUGACCUGAUUACCGGAUCUCUCCCGUCUCCAAACCUUGCAAAUGAAGAUAUCGCCUUUUCCUCGCCAGCCGCCUCUUAUCGACAUUCGCCAUUUGCAAUUUCUGAAACUGUCCACACACCUGCCAGUUCUGGAAGCGCUCCUCCUCAGUCACCAUCACCAGCACAGGUCUCAAUUGUGCGAGAAGAGCCCCGAAGGUCGCCUACCGCUGUCCCGACGACGCCCCCGACCACGAUACCAAGGACUGCACCGAUCCCAAUCAUUAAGCCCAAUAACAGUGCUCACCGAGUGCAGAAACGCAAGGCAUCCACAGCCACGGCGGUGUCAUUCCCAUCGCAUCAUCGUAAUCUCUCUUCGUCUCCAGCAGGAAGCUCUGGUAGCGGCAGCAUCAGUGCCAGCCCGACAACAACGAGUCCCUCCACAACCACAGCCAAUAAAUUUGUCGUUGUCACGCCGUCGAUUAUUUCCCAGCAUAAAGACAAGCCGGGAAACCCGUGGGAGGAGGCACUGGCGUCCUUGUCAUCGUCAUCAUCCGCCUCUUCUCUUCGGCCAACUCAACGUGGCCGGAAGGGCCCUCUGGCCGAGGAGUCUCGCAAGGCAGCUCUUGAUGUGCGUCGCAAGGGUGCUUGCUUCCACUGCCAUGCGCGAAAAGUGGGCUGUGAUGCACAGAGGCCGUGUAAGAAUUGCAUGCGGCUAGCACAGCAGGUCCCGCAGGUUGUGUGUUGGCGGUUCCCCGACUUUAGCAUAAUACUGUUCCCAGAGUUCAUCCGUGGCCACUUGCGCAAGGAGAAGGUCGCACAGUUCGUGGCAGACAAUGUAGAGAGCUUUACUGUGGGUGGAGUCGAAAUGCCAUGCGAUGUCGAGCUUUUCUCAGGCUUUGGGAUGCGAGCCGUGCUGAAGCUCCGCGCGAAAUUCUUCACCGCGAAGGGCGCCGAUGCUCUGCAGCAUUGGCAUGCGCAGUUGCGCAAUAAUGAGAUGGCGCUUACCUUGAGAGGUGCAGCGCCAAUUGCGCUGGAGAUGGGGGGGAUGGCGGGCAAUGAUGGCGGUGGUUCCGGUUCGGGGGACACGCAAAGGAGCGAGCUGAAGAAGAAGCUGAAGGAGUACAUUAACGCGAUCGUCGACGAGCCGUGGUUCCCAGAACUGAUGACCCCACCGCCUCAUCACACGGAAAUACCAAGGAAAGUCCUGCGCAUUGUGCACGAGUAUGAACGACGGAGCAAGCUCCCUGUGGUCCGGAGCGCGCUAUCCAUCUAUGCCAUGCAUUAUGUCAUGACACGGCAGCUGUGCAUGACGCGAGACAAUCUCGCCAAGCUUCAGCCCACGGGAUUGGUACCGAACGCGCCGGGUAUGCCGUUCGUAACACCGCGUGUGUUGAACCGGCAGAUUAAGGCAGUGCUGGAUGAUAUGAUGCGCCAUGAGAUGGAUAAGGUGUUCGAUGACUUUGCUCGGUCAGUACGACGCAAGAUGCGUAAUAAGUGGGCGCCAUGCCUGGCAGCGUUCCUUGUCCUCUGUUUGUUCAUGGAAACGGUCGAGGUGGCGGCCGAUCUUUUUGUCAUCUCAGAUACCGAGAUCAAGCUGCGUCAGCGGAGUACUCCGGAGUGGCAGCGCUCGUUCGUGCUGCAGGUCAACCAGGAAAUCGAGAACAUGCCGUUUAAGCAGUUCGCUUUUCAGUUCCACCAAGUCUAUCAAACUCACACGCGGGAUGCCACGGUCCGUCGCUUCAACCCCUUGCUGGAUGACGACUGCUUCGAGCCGGGAGAGUUGGAAGAGGAGGCUGCGGACAUGGUGCGUAAGCUCAGGAGGCUGAUCGAUGAAGAUUGUAGGUUUGUCCUGCUCUUGGUUACGCUGCAGGAAAGGGUUGCUAACGAGAUGGUCACAGGGGACGAGCUGGAUUACUUGACGGCAGACCCAAUUCUUCCCAACAUCGAGCCUCAUCCCUAUCCUCGGAAUGUUAGUUACAAUUACAUUGGUCGUCUUGUUACCAAAUUCCUUCUUUCAUUCACGGACGAACGGUACAUCUUCGACAACAGAAAGUAA